AUGGCGCGUCUGCAGCAGAAGCGCGGAGGGUUCAAGUCGAAGAGCCGCAAAUUGAUGGCUCUAUGCGCGUGCGGAGUUCUGGCAGUGUCAAGCGGCAGUGCUUCUGCAGAUACUCUCACAGAGAGCCUGCUUCCGCGAAGCCUCAAUGAGGACUCGGCGCAGUCGUCCAGCAACGUCGUGUCGUGCUCAGCGAUAGGAAUCAACCGAAACUCGGUCGACCAUCGUGAGGUCGUUCUGGCCGAGGGUCAGCUCUCUGCCGCCUUCGAAUGUCCAGCGGAGAACCAAGCCGUUCCAGCAGAUCUGGAAAAAGUGUGUGACUCCUCGAAAGACGAAACGCUUACCACCUGCAAGACUAAGGGCAGGAAUCUGAAGGAUGUGCUCCAAACUAGCAACAACGCCAAGUGGACCAAGGAAGGCCCGCAGUCGAAGAGCAGUGGAGAAAAGAGAACCCUGCAGCUCGAAGACUCCGACCUCCCCUUUACUGACACAUACUUCUUCGUCGGUUGCCAAAACUCCAGUUCAAAUAAGGACUGUCAAGUUGACAUCACUGUCAAAGCUAGAUCCUCCUCUGUCGCUGAGAGUGUUGUCACCUGCGCCUACGGCUCAGACAGCAACCGUAGCACAUUGACGGUGGAAAUGACCCAAGAGAAGAACACGUUGACAUUGGCUUGCGGUAAGGCUGGCUCUAUCACCCCGGAGUCAUACAACGCCAACUACUGCGAGGACGACACCUUGAAGCCAUGCAAGAAGAGCUACAGAGAUAUUUUGCCCAAAUUCGAAGACACCUGGUGGACCAAAGAGACGAAGGAGGGCUCCCCGGUUGUGCUAACGAUUCCGAAAGAAGGCUUCCCGGAAUCGGACCAGGAGUUCUACAUCGGAUGCACUCCCAGACCAACGGGAGGAGAUGAAACUACCUCUCGUGCUGAGGAAGGGGCGGAGUCUCCUACUGACAAGGCACCGACGCCCUGCAAGGUGCACGUGACGGUGAAGGCUGCGGGCGCUGCUUCCGCUGCACCUUCGAUCGCACGUGCAGCUGCUGCAGCAGCGUCUGGCGCCAUUGGAGUUGCUGGGCUUUCUAUUAGAUCGUGA